AGAAGAGAAGCAGAGAACCAGAAGGAAAAGAGAUCAAUAUCUGGAACAGAGCCAGCCCAAACCUCAUUAAGAUCUCAAAAAUUAUCACAAACCCGUUCCAGAUUUCUGGCACUCUCUCCGUCUCGUUCCGCUCAGAAGAGAGAGAGAGCGAGAGGCAUUUCACACGUCCGGAUCGUGUCUGCCGCUAGACCCAUUGUCCUCCUGGAGGACAGCCCAGAUCCCAAAUCCCCAAUUGCUUUCUCCACCUAGUAUCGGUCUCCCCACGUCUUCAUCCUUCGCAAUUUGGGUGUUUCAGAAUUGAAGAGAACAGGCCAGAUCGCGAGUCUCUUCUUUCUGCCUGAUUUCGGCAGUUGGGGAUUUCGGGGAUCGAUGAGCAGCGAGGGAUUUUGAGGGCCUUCUCGAUCGGAAGUGUAUCGAGGGGAAAGAAUGGAGCAACUGAAGACGAUCGGUAGGGAGCUCGCGAUGGGCUCUCAGGGAGGUUGGGGCCAAUCGAGGGAGUUCCUAGACCUCGUGAAAUCCAUUGGCGAGUGUCGAUCCAAAGCCGAGGAGGACAGAAUCGUCCUCCACGAGAUCGAGACCCUGAAGAAGAAGAUCGCGGAGCCGGACGUACCGAGGAGGAAGAUGAAGGAGUACAUAAUUCGGCUCGUGUAUGUGGAGAUGCUCGGGCACGAUGCUUCCUUCGGCUACAUCCACGCCGUUAAGAUGACCCAUGACGACUCUUUGCUGCACAAGCGGACUGGGUACCUCGCCGUGACCCUUUUCCUCAACGAGGAUCACGAUCUCAUCAUUCUGAUUGUGAACACCAUCCAGAAGGAUCUGAAAUCGGAUAACUAUCUUGUUGUAUGCGCUGCGUUGACGGCAGUGUGCAAAUUAAUCAAUGAGGAGACGAUCCCUGCGGUGCUUCCGCAGGUGGUUGAACUGCUCGGGCACCCGAAGGAGGCGGUGAGGAAGAAAGCUGUCAUGGCCUUGCAUAGAUUCUUUCAGCGGGCGCCGUCAUCCGUGUCUCACCUCAUCUCCAAUUUUAGGAAGAGGCUAUGUGAUAAUGAUCCUGGGGUCAUGGGUGCGUCACUAUGUCCUCUAUUUGAUAUCAUUUCAUCAGAUGUAAAUUCGUACAAGGACUUGGUUGUCAGUUUUGUGAGCAUUCUCAAACAAGUAGCAGAAAGAAGACUUCCUAAGAAUUAUGAUUAUCAUCAAAUGCCCGCACCCUUUAUUCAGAUCAGAUUACUUAAAAUUUUAGCAUUGCUUGGUAGUGGUGACAAGCGUGCUAGUGAAACCAUGUAUGCUGUACUUGGAGACAUUUUUAGGAAGUGCGAGACAACAAGCAAUAUCGGGAAUGCAGUUUUAUAUGAAUGCAUUUGCACUGUUUCAUCUAUUUAUCCUAGUCCUAAGUUGCUAGAAUCUGCAGCUGAAGUAACAUCCAGAUUUCUAAAGAGUGACAACCACAAUUUUAAGUAUAUGGGUGUUGAUGCACUUCGCAGACUCAUCAGAGUAAAUCCAGAUAUUGCGGAGGAACACCAGUUGGCUGUGAUUGAUUGCUUAGAGGAUCCAGAUGACACCCUAAAGAGGAAGACCUUUGAUUUGCUGUACAAGAUGACAAAGUCCUCUAAUGUGGAAGUGAUAGUUGAUCGCAUGAUUGAUUAUAUGAUUAACAUCAGUGACAAUCACUAUAAAACAGAAAUUGCAAGCCGGUGUGUGGAGCUUGCCGAGCAAUUUGCUCCAAGCAACCAUUGGUUUAUCCAGACCAUGAAUAAGGUCUUUGAACAUGCUGGGGAUCUUGUGAACAUCAAAGUAGCACACAAUUUGAUGCGACUAAUUGCAGAGGGGUUUGGAGAGGAUGAUGAAGAUGCAGAUAGCCAGCUGAGGUCCUCUGCUGUGGAGUCAUAUCUGCGUAUAAUGGCAGAGCCUAAGUUACCUUCUGCUUUUCUGCAAGUUAUCUGUUGGGUGCUUGGAGAAUAUGGGACAGCUGAUGGGAAAUAUACUGCUUCCUACAUAACUGGGAAGCUGUGUGAUGUAGCUGAGGCCCACUCAACUGAUGAUACUGUAAAGGGUUAUGCAAUAACAGCUAUCAUGAAAAUAUGUGCCUUUGAAAUUGGAGCUGGAAGAAAAUUGGAACUGUUGCCUGAGUGUCAUGCUUUAAUUAAUGAGCUAUUAGCGUCACAUUCCACUGACCUGCAGCAGCGUGCAUAUGAGCUACAAACUCUGCUUACAUUAAAUAUGAAUACUGUUGAGAGUGUAAUGCCAUUUGAUGCAAGCUGCGAAGAUAUUGAGGUUGACAAAAACCUUUCGUUCUUAGAGGGAUUUAUCCAACAAGCCUUGAAAAAUGGUGCCAGUCCUUAUGUUCCUGAGUCUGAGCGGUCUGGAGUUGCUAGCAUCAGCAAUUUCCGGAAUCAGGACCAUCAUGAGACUUCAGCUCAUUCUCUCAGAUUUGAAGCUUACGAGGUUCCAAAACCACCGGUGGUGCUAGCACAUGCUUCUCCAGUCACUCAAAUGCCUUCCACUGACAUUGUUGCUGUAUCUGAUUCAAUGACUUCCAAGGAAGAUCACCAAGCCUCUGCACCCCCAACUAUUCCUGAUGCUUCAGCUGAUAGUGGUCUUAGGCUUCGACUUGAUGGUGUACAAAAGAAAUGGGGACGACAAACUUACUCAUCAGCAGCUCCAUCAACUACUUCAUCCAGCAGUCAUAAAGCAGCCAGCGACAUCACACAUUCUGAUUUAUAUGUAUCCAGCAGCUCCCAUUCAAGGGAUCUCUCAUAUGAUUCAAGAAGACAGCAGCCUGAAGUCUCAGCUGAGAAGCAGAAACUUGCAGCAUCUAUAUUUGGGGCGUCUUCAACCAAAGCUGAAAAUAAAACACCAGGUGGAUCAAAAGCAUCGAAAAGCAGCCAUGCAAGAGCCGAAAAAGUACAGUCUUCAAUGGUGGUUGCUUCAUCUGCUGAAGCUCCUACUGGGAAAACUAUUCCUUCUCAACCUCCUCCAGACCUUCUUGAUUUGGAUGAGGACAAUGGACCGAGCAUUAACACAUCAGCUGUUGAAGAUCCUUUUAAGCAAUUGGAAGGCCUUCUUGCUCCACCCGCGGUUCCUCCAUCUGUCAAACCUGAUGCGUCUCUUGCCCCCACUCAGGCAGUCGAUCUCAUGGCACUGUACUCCGACGCACCAACUGCAGGGCAGCUUGAUGCAGUUAGUUUAUCUUCAACCAAUAUGGAUGCUGCCUUCCUCAAAUCUGGUCCAUCUGACGAUAACGGGAACUCUAAUGGAAUAACUGUGACUAUGGUUAAGAAGGGCCCAUCCACACAGGAUUCCCUUCAGAAGGAUGCACUUUCUAGACAGGUUGGAGUAAUACCUUCAGGCAGAAACCCACAUCUUUUCAAGGAUUUGCUUGGCUGAACUGUUAGUUGACACUGCAGCUCUAUAAUGGUUGGAUGUGCAAGGCAUUUACAUGUUCUUGCAUCAGGCUUCGGUCUCCAGUUUGAGUCGGUUGCUUGAGGAGUUUGUUUGCUUUGAUCAAGAAAACAUUCAGAGCAUGGAAGGAAAAAAUCAAGUGUUGGAAUUUGCAGAAAGCAUGCUAAUGCUCAGAGAGAUGCUCACAGGCUUAUUUCUGGUAGUUGUAGCCUGAUACACGGGGGCCAGAACCGGAAAUGGGAGAUGUGGCAUGUACAAGUCGGACUUGAGUGGAAGUUUUGCACGAAUUUCUUUAGUAGAUUGAUUAUGCGGCAAGAGUUUUGAAACCAGCCCACUUGGUUGUAUAGUAAGUUAAUCUAAGGGCCUCAAAAUUCUUUACUGUUGCAUCUGUUAUUGGGACAUCUUGAGCAUUCAGCAUGAGUGAAAUAAGCUGUUUAGCAA